GUUUGCGUCACUCGCGUACUGCGUUCGCGAAGAUGGCGGUUGUGGAGCUGAAUGGACGAAGCGAAGUGUAAAGCCGUUAAAACGUUUCCCCCUCGUGUACCUCGUUUAAACCCACCAAGAAGCACUAGGAUGGUAAUAUGACACAAAGCAAAAAGAAGAAACGGGUGAAUCGCAGUCUCCUGCUGGCGAAGAAAAUCAUCAUCAAGGAUGGUGGCACGCCUCAAGGAUUUGGUUCCCCCAGUGUUUACCAUGCUGUCAUAGUCAUCUUUCUGGAGUUCUUUGCGUGGGGCUUGUUGACCGCACCUACGCUGGUGGUUCUUCAUCAAACAUUCCCAAAGCAUACGUUUUUGAUGAAUGGACUAAUACAAGGCGUUAAGGGUUUGCUGUCAUUUCUGAGUGCCCCACUGAUCGGUGCUUUGUCUGAUGUGUGGGGCAGGAAGUCCUUUCUCCUCCUCACCGUUUUCUUCACAUGUGCGCCAAUACCACUGAUGAAGAUUAGCCCAUGGUGGUAUUUUGCAGUUAUCUCCGUAUCAGGGGUGUUUGCUGUGACCUUCUCUGUCAUUUUUGCCUACGUGGCUGACAUCACACAGGAGCAUGAGCGCAGCAUGGCAUAUGGGCUGGUGUCGGCCACGUUCGCCGCCAGCCUGGUCACCAGCCCGGCCAUCGGGGCCUACCUGAGCCGGGUGUACGGAGACAGCCUGGUGGUGGUGCUGGCCUCGGCCAUCGCCAUGCUGGACAUCUGCUUCAUCCUGCUGGCCGUGCCUGAGUCGCUGCCUGAGAAGAUGCGACCGGCCUCGUGGGGAGCCCCUAUCUCCUGGGAGCAGGCCGACCCUUUCGCUUCUCUGAGGAAAGUUGGCCAGGACUCCACAGUGUUGCUGAUCUGCAUUACAGUGUUCCUGUCAUAUCUCCCUGAGGCUGGCCAGUACUCCAGCUUCUUCCUCUACCUGAAGCAGAUUAUGGGAUUUUCCCCUGAAAGUGUUGCUGCAUUUAUAGCUGUACUAGGAUUGCUUUCAAUUGUUGCACAGACUGUAGUGUUAAGUUUACUUAUGCGUUCCAUCGGGAACAAGAACACAAUCCUGCUGGGUUUGGGAUUCCAGAUUCUGCAGCUGGCAUGGUAUGGAUUCGGCUCCGAGCCGUGGAUGAUGUGGGCUGCAGGAGCUGUGGCUGCCAUGUCCAGCAUCACCUUUCCCGCCAUCAGCGCUCUGGUGUCCCGCACCGCCGACCCAGACCAGCAAGGUGUGGGACAGGGGAUGAUAACUGGUAUCCGAGGUCUCUGUAAUGGCCUGGGCCCCGCGCUCUACGGUUUCAUCUUCUACAUCUUUCACGUUGAGCUGGACGUUCCUGAAAGUGAUGCAGACAUGGAGCAUCACCCUCAGCUCCACCAGCAGAGUGCAAUCAUCCCUGGGCCACCAUUCCUGUUCGGAGCAUGCUCAGUGCUGCUGGCACUCCUGGUGGCCCUCUUCAUCCCCGAGCACACACAGCAGGGCGCCCGUGCGGGCAGCUGGAAGAAGCACACCUCGCCCCACGGGCACCCCCACAGCCAACAGCCUCCGGGGGAAGCCAAGGAGCCCCUCCUGCAGGACACUAAUGUGUGACUGGCCCCUAUCCAACCCUUGAACCAGGGACUCCACAGAGUCAGGAGAAUGUAGAGCUGUGUCAAACCCAGAACAGACCUUUUUUAAAAAAAGAAAAUGUGUACAUUAUGAAACAUAUAUUUAAUGAUGAUGGUUUUGUCCAAAGGCACUGUUGCAAUUGCUUGUAUUUAUUAUUAUUUUUUGUUGUUGUUUUUUGGGGGGGAUUUUUUUUUGUUUUUGCCUUUCUUGUUUUGUGAGGAUAAAUCUACCUGAGCUUGGGUCACUCAGGGACCAGAACCUCAGUCAGGAAUGUUUCUGAACAGAGUGCGUGUAUACUCCUGUCCCCCUGUACGCACACAUACACGCAGACAGACAGACGAAGGACAAAGCGUCAACCAGUGCCAGUUAAUGCACUUAAACUGAUUUAUCCAGCUUGAAAUAUGAACUUUUUUGUUAUGCUGUUCUGUGCCACUGCAAGAUGUGGUCAGGGUUGGGAUCAGACAGGUAGACACUACACACAGGCCUGUUAGGAACAGCCUUAAAUUACAGUUUAGCUUCAGACUGCGAGCGAGCAGCUACAGUCAAACGGACAGCUUUACAACGUUUUAUAGUACCUUUAUUUUAUGGAAAGGUGGGUGCCUGUGGAUUAGUUGUACCACUAAGUUUUGGUGCCUUCCCCAAUUUGGUUGUAUCAUUUAGGGCACUGAUUCUCAAUCCAAAUCCUGUAAAACCCUCUGAACUGCACAUCAUCCUGAAAUAGAUUUAACUGACCAGCUAAUGAUUAAGGUUACACACAAAUGGUAAGUGGGGGAACGACGGAGAGCCAUGGGGUGCAGGGCCAGAAGAGGCUGUCCCUGGCUGAGGGGACGACUACUGCAGAAGACACCAGAAGGAUCUAUACACACCCCUUUGAGGUCCUACAUGACCUUGGCUGGGUAACAUUCAAAUUACAUUAUGGUUUUUUUGGAUGUCAGCAGGAGUUUGCUGGGAAAAAGUGAUAUUUGUUAGUGGCCUUCUAUGUUUCACUUUUUUUAGGAAAAGGGUUUGCUUGUUUUUAACAAGAUAUUUGACCAAAUAUGGAUGUUUUACUGAACGACAGAUGUAAAUUUCUGAAUUGCCUUUGAGUUAGCUUUCUAUAUUUCUUGAAACUGGUCUUGAUACUGUAUGCUUUGCCAUGUUGUGGUUGUCUUGCUGCCUUUUAUUGUUCAUUUUAACAUACAGUAACAUGAUUGACUGAGCAUGUAAAUAUUACAUUAAAUAGCCAAACAUUUCAAUAAAAGUAUUUUGACGUAA